AUGGAGUCAAGACUUACUUACAAUGAUGCGAGUUCGUCGGAGGAGGUUAUCGUGAGAAGACACCCUCCUAGGGUCAUUUUUGUGCGACAUAUGAGGACCAAUUGGCUCAAGUAUGCUACGGGCUUGUUGCUCAUACUGUCUAUCAGCCAGUUAAUCUACAUCACCCGCCUCGGCACGGGUAUGGUCCGUAUACCAAACGAUCCCUACGAUUUACGAUUCGGUCAUCUCAGUCACGAUAGUCCUGAAAUCUGGGACGAUAAUCAUCAAUCAUUCCUCCGAAGCGCUCGUCCAGUACCGAUCCAUUCGCAUAAUGACUACACGCGCCAUAUUCCACUGUUCGAAGCCCUUGGCUCGGGUUGCAUCAGUAUCGAAGCUGAUGUUCACCUACGGCAUGACAACCUUUUCGUUGCGCACUCGCGAUUGAACAUGAAUCCUCACCGAACGUUACAGGGUUUAUACCUGAAGCCUCUUCAGCGCAUGUUGGAGGCACGGAACGUGGGAGUGAAGAAGGAUGACUGGCAAGGAUUUUUCGAAAUGGCACCCAAACAAACCGUCACGCUCCUCGUUGAUCUCAAAACAUCUGGCCUGGAAACAUUCGAUGUGUUAAACGCCCAGCUCCAGCCAUUGAGAGAUCUCGGCUACUUGACCUACUGGAACGGCACAGAUAGAAUCAUCCGACCUCUCACUAUAGUCGGAACCGGAAACACCCCUUUCGAGUCCGUUCUGGCCAUGAACUCUACACAUCGAGACAUUUUCUGGGACGCCAAGCUUGAGCGUCUCGUCUCAAUGGAAGAUGACUUCUCAACAAACCCUCCAACAUACAAAUUCAACCGUUCCAACUCAUACUUUGCCUCAACAAGAUUCGAGAACGCUAUUCUGUACAGGUCGAACUUUCAGCGGAUACUGGAAACCCCUCCAUCAAGGGAACUUGAUAUGGCGUUGACGCAGAUUGAACAGGCCAAGGCCCGUGGUCUACUGGCGCGGUAUUGGGAUACUCCUUCAAAACCACCGAAUGUGAGGGAUAUUGCGUGGAGGGUGUUGAUAGACAACGGGAUUGGGAUCUUGAAUAUGGAUGAUAUGGGGCUUGUGAGGGGGAGGGCUAGAGGUUGGGGUGCUUUGGGUCGUGAUUAUCUUUGA